AUGAAAUUUCUACUACUUUUGGCUUUUCUUGGCUUUGGUUUGGUUUCUGCUGAGGCAAGGCCAAAAUCAUGUUCCAUUUUCCAUGCUGCCUACUGCACACCGGACCAGUUUUGCUACUUGCCACCGGAGAAAUGUGAAGUGGACAACAAACUCUGUGUGGGAUACUGUAAAAAACGGGAUGAGCCAACCUCUGCACCGAAGAAAUCCAAACGACACUUGAAAGAUUAUAGAAAAUGCAAAGAAGACGAUGACUGUUUGUCGGGAUGGAAGUGCAAACCACCAGUGAAUUAUUGUGUCUGGUGUCUGGGGCAUUGCAUCGAAAAA